AUGAAGCCUCAUCGCGAAAAAACAUGGAAGGAGGACGCGAUACCAGAAGAUCAACCAGAUCAGCCACCUCCACCCCGCCCGACCUAUUCCCCAGUAACGCCAGUGUUCGCCCAACUUGAACCGGUCGCCGCGCAGAACGCAACAAUCGUACCGCCACCAUUGUCGCCUUCACCUACCAGUCAUACUACACAACAAACAUAUCGACCGCCACCACCUCCAGCAAAUCCACCAGUCUUCAAGCCGGAACCGCCUCCAGUCCCGAUCUCGGAGAGUGAGAACCCAGAUGCGAUCGCACUGCGCUCCGCCAUAUCAAUAUUGCAGUUGCAGAAGCAGCAGAGUCUGCGUGACAUUAAAACACUAGAUCGCAUGAAGGAGGCCGCCGCUGCGGACCCAGAAGGCUUUGCGCGCGAGUUAGCGGCUGGUCGUUUGCGCACCGAAGAUCGCGGGGCUGUCAUUCAGUUUUCCGACGAGAAUGAGAUGGACAUAGAUGAAGAUGAUAAAGGAAACACGAAACAAACGCAGGGCGGCAGUCAGUCGGCAUUCGCCCGUAUCCCGCAACCACAAAAUGUAGUGCGGAUGCCCCCGAUCAACUGGGCUAAGUACCAGGUGACCGGGGAACCACUUGAUCGCAUGCACGAAGAACAACUACGCCGACCAGAUUCUGGUGAGCCACGACGAGAACCUGCACCAGAACACAUAUUGGCCUCGCCAUAUCGUCCGCUGGUCGACCAGUUAGAUACGCCUGCACGGACGGGCCGGGCAACCAAGAAUAAAAAGUGA